UUCUUAAGCUACUAUAUAGCAUUGGAAAAGAGAGAAAGAGAAAGAGAGAGAGAGAACAAAGCUUCUUCUUCAAUGGAGAAGGAAGGGCGGAAACCGCAGCCGGAAGCUGACCAGCCGGUUAAGACGGAAGAAGAGUCAUGGAAGCUAGAGCAUGAAACCGGUAACAAAGUCAAGCAUGUACUAAAAGGAGUGAUUUGUAGAGCCAAACCAUGGGAGAUUCUUGCUAUUGUUGGCCCAAGUGGUGCAGGGAAGUCUUCUUUGCUUGAAAUUCUAGCUGCUAGACUAAUCCCUCAAACCGGGUCGGUUUUUGUCAACAAGAGACCAGUGGAUAGAGCCAAUUUCAAGAAAAUCUCUGGUUAUGUCACUCAGAAGGACACUCUGUUUCCUUUGCUUACGGUGGAGGAAACCCUUCUGUUCAGUGCUAAGCUGCGUUUAAAGCUCCCUGCAGAUGAACUGAAAUCACGGGUUAAGUCGUUGGUCCAUGAGCUUGGGCUUGAAGCUGUUGCUACUGCUCGUGUUGGCGAUGAUAGUGUCAGAGGGAUAUCGGGUGGAGAGAGACGCCGUGUCUCUAUAGGAGUUGAAGUUAUUCACGACCCCAAAGUUCUGAUCCUUGAUGAGCCAACCUCUGGUCUUGAUAGUACUUCGGCUCUGCUGAUCAUAGACAUGCUUAAGCACAUGGCUGAAACACGAGGCAGGACCAUAAUUCUGAGUAUCCAUCAACCAGGAUUUCGAAUAGUCAAACAGUUCAAUUCUGUUCUUUUGUUGGCCAAUGGUUCGACCUUGAAGCAAGGCUCGGUGGAUCAGCUUGGUGUCUUUUUAAGGUCAAAUGAUUUGCACCCUCCUCUCCAUGAAAACAUCGUUGAAUUCGCCAUUGAAUCAAUCGAAGCAAUCACAAAACAGCAACGGCUACAGGAAAGCAGAAGAGCAGCUCAUGUCCUAACAUCACAAACAACAUUACAAGAGAAGAGAUCAGAAGAUAGUCAAGGGGAGAGCAAAAGUGGCAAAUUCACACUACAACAGCUGUUUCAACAAACAAGGGUUGCUGAUGUAGGAACGAUGAACAUAGCAACGGAGUUCACCAGAGAUUUUGCAAAUUCAAGACUAGAAGAAACUAUGAUACUCACCCAUAGGUUCUCCAAGAACAUUUUCAGAACCAAGGAGCUUUUUGCGUGCAGGACAGUACAGAUGUUAGGUUCAGGAAUUGUUCUAGGUCUGAUUUUUCAUAAUCUCAAAGACGAUUUAAAAGGUGCACGAGAAAGAGUAGGCCUCUUUGCAUUCAUAUUGACCUUCCUGCUAACUUCAACAAUAGAGGCACUCCCUAUAUUUCUGCAAGAAAGAGAGAUUCUGAUGAAGGAGACUUCUAGUGGAAGCUACAGAGUGUCCUCAUAUGCCGUCGCUAAUGGACUUGUCUACUUGCCAUUUCUGCUCAUCCUAGCUAUUCUAUUCUCACUCCCAGUGUACUGGCUGGUGGGACUGAACCCUAAUUUCAUGGCGUUUCUACACUUUUUGCUCCUAAUUUGGUUGAUCCUCUACACAGCAAACUCGGUGGUUGUGUGCUUUAGUGCGCUGGUUCCUAAUUUCAUUGUUGGAAACUCAGUGAUUUCCGGUGUGAUGGGUUCCUUCUUUCUGUUCUCGGGCUACUUCAUAUCGAACCAUGAGAUCCCUAGUUACUGGAUUUUUAUGCACUACAUCUCCUUGUUCAAGUAUCCGUUUGAAGGAUUUCUGAUUAACGAGUUCUCCAAGUCAAGCAAGUGUUUGGAGUAUGGAUUCGGAAAAUGCUUGGUGACCGAGGAGGAUCUACUAAAAGAAGAAAGGUAUGGAGAGGAAAACAGAUGGAGAAAUGUUGUGAUCAUGCUAUGUUUUGUCUUGCUCUACAGGUUCAUUUCCUAUGUGAUUCUGAGGUGUAGAUGUUCCCAACGAAGUUUCAAAACCGCUCUUGCUUAAUAAAUGUGGUAACAAUAAUGUCUUUUCUGCAAAACAUUGGGUUACAGGUUUGUUCAUGUGUUUAAUUAUUUACUUCGUACAGCAACCGAAGAUGUGAAAGAAAAUGUUGUUUAUGCAAAAGAAAAUUUCCAUUGAUUC